AAAUUCACUGCCUCAACCUGUCUUGGACUGCGGUAACCCCGCUUCCCUGCGCUCUCUCACUACCACAAUCCCAGGGCAUCCAGCAUGCCUGCGUCAUCCACUGUGACAUCCUCUGACAAGGAACGAAUCAAAUCGGUUAUUCCAUCGACAACUUCAAAGAUCUUGACCGCAUCGGUUGUCAGAAUCUACUACGCAUAUCCCUCGCCGAACACAUGGUCAUACACCGGGCUCCAAGGAGCCCUGGUGCUCGUGUCCGAUAAGCUGAAGGGGGGGUUCUGGUUUAGACUGGUCGAUCUGGUUGGAUCCCGCGGCAUCAUAUGGGAGCACGAGAUUUACGAACCCUUCAUCUACAACCAAGACCGGUCCUUCUUCCAUACUUUUGCGGGCGAUGAAUGCAUGAUUGCCUUCGUGUUUUCCGAUGAAGGAGAAGCUAGUGGAUUUUCCAAGAAAAUUAAAAACCGUUCCAAACCGCCCAAAGCCAAGUCAUCGACCUCAAGCAAGAAGAAGGGAGGAAAGAUUGAUAAGUCGAUGAUAUCGGCACCUACAAAUUUCCAGCAUAAAGCUCACAUGGGGUAUGAUGCCGAGCUGGGCUUUUCAUCCAGGGGAGUGGACUCUUCAUGGCAAGCCAUUCUAGACCAAUUGGGAAGUCGUGGUGUAACACCACAAAUGAUUAAAGAAGAUGAAGAAUUCGUGAGACAAUUUAUGGCCCAGAACGUUCCUCGAGAGGAACAGAAAACAAAGAGAAAGCCGCCACCGCCACCGGCCCCCCGACGAUCCAUUGCCCCCCCCGUUCGAAAGCCCAGUCCAGAGCCAGAGCCAGAGCCAGAGCCCGAGCCCGAGUCUAUUCAACAAUCUCCGACUCUCCGACUUCCUCGACAAACCGCACCUCCACCUCGUCCAGCUGCUCCGCCACCGCCACCGCCUUCUCGUCCAGUUGGAGCACCUCUACCUCCCCUGCCCCCCCGGCUCCUGCCCUUCCACCGCCUCGUAGUGCGCCUCCCCCCCCUGCAGCACCACCCCCACCACCGGCCCGUUCGGCGCCAACUCCUGCAGCAGCUCCCCCCUUUACGGCGCCACCCCGCCACCCCCGCCACCGACCCGUUCGGCGCCAAGUUCAACUUCUGCAGCACCCCCUCCCCCUCCGCCACCGCCACCGCCACCUGGUCCAAGGCAGGGUGCAUCCGCAGUGGUAGAAGCGUCCACUCCGACUGGCACCCCAUCGGUCCCACCUCCGCCGCCUCCGCCUCCGCCUCCACCCCCAGGACGAUUGGGGGCACCUCCCACCUCCACCUCCAGCUGGCGGUGCACCGUCAGUAACAACAAGUUCGCCUGCUCCUACUCCAGCCAGAAACGCUUUGCUGGAAUCCAUUCAGGGCAAAGGUGUCCACACUCUUCGAAAGACGCCGAAGCCGGAUG